AGAGGCAGUGCCGCCGCGCGGGCCGUACAUACGCUAGAAUCAACGCCGAUGGCCCCGGGCAGCCCCCCCAGGCCUUUGGUGUAAGCGCCGAGGCAGCCCCGGCGCGAGGGGCCCGCCCCCCGCCCCCAGAGCAACCACAAGCAACCAUGACGGAGGGAGGCGAACCCAUGAUCGGCUUUUUGCGGGGCGACGAGCUCCAGAAUUUAUUUGGCAAGGUGCCCAAGGGCCAGAAGACGGAGAAGCACGACGCCGAGCAGAGACGCAAACUAUUGGCGAGGAAGGCGAAGAAAAAGACCAUGCCGCCCAAACCCAAGUACCGGGUCCUUGAGCGGUUAGAGACCCAGCUCAAGCGCGAGGGCGUCAUCCAGGAGCGCGCCGAGCGGCGAGGGAGGAGUCUGUACGCGCAACUCGAGCUCGAACAGCGCCGCAUCAAGCAGCAGCAAAAGGCGGACGCGCGGGCACCCUUGGAGCGCCACAAGGCCGCGCGCAUGCGGGAGCUCGGUCCUGAUCAUCAUUUACUGGAAUUGCGGGAGAUUUCACAAACACUGAAUUUGGAUCUGGAAAGAUGUCGGGAACUGGAGGACGCGACGAAAGCCACCGUGGCCUUCUCGACGCAGCACGACGCCUUGUGUCGCGACGUCGCGAAACGGGCCUCCCGAAAAGGUGUGAAAGACCAUGAUCUGUACGACGUCGACGACAUCGAAAGGGACGAGGCGGCCGCGAUUCUGGAGGAGAGCACCGCGGCCCUGGUGUUCGACCACCGCUGCGCGCUCGAGGACGAUGGUUUGGAUCCGGACGAGAUUGACCGGCGCUGCGUCGAGUUUCGAGCGCAACUCGACGACGAGUCCCUCGCAGACGUCGAUCAGGCCCGCAAGGUUCGGGGCAAAAAAGAGGCGUGGAAAAGGGACAACGUGCGCCGCGUCGAGGCCCUGUGGCGGCGCAAGGCCUGGGCCCGCGCGCUGCCGCGCCACAAGCUCGCCGACGCGCCGUACCUGGCGAAAGCCGCGGCCCGCCGACCGUCUGUGGGAGACGGCGCGCAGGACCUCACGGCGCCGGCGCAUCGCCGAGAGCAGCGACGGAAGAAGACGCAGAAGCUCAUGUCGCGGACGGCGCCGUCGAACCCGGCGGAACGAGCGGCGCAGCUGCGGCAGGAAUUAGAAAAAUGUGAUAGAUUCAUGCGCGCCACGGACGCGGUCGUACGACGCACGCAGGAGCGGACGCUGGCGAUCUCCACUCGAUUGGUGGCCGCGGACCACGCCACAGCCUUCGCUGUUCCAAUAGCCGAGCCCCUGCCCAAGGACGCCGUGAGAAGAAGGGAAGGCGCCGUGGACGAGGAGGUCGCGCCCGAGUUACGACGAAGAUGCGCCGAGUGGGGCGCGCGGCGGCUGGCUCGAGUGUUCCGCGCGGGCGCGUUUAGAUUGCAGCUCAAGGGCCUCACGGUGUGGUCCUGCCACGCGCAAUAUCAACGUAAUUUGGUUGAGGCGAAUCUGUUUACGCGGCUGGCGGCGGGUAGAAGGUUGUGUCGGGUCACUUCGGCAGCGAAAGUGCGAAUGAAGAAAUUUGACGCCGUCGAGAUCUGGCGCAACGUGGCGCUGGGUUGCCGGGACGUGGUUAGAAAUGUCGCGGCCGUCGAGAUCGAGAGGUACGCUCGUUCAUAUAGAGCGCGGCGGCUGACGGAGUGGCGACGCCGUCGAAGGGCCGCGACACUCAUCCAGACGCGGCAGCGGCAGAUCCCGGCUAGGAUUGAGCUAGCGAAACGCGUCGAAGCGAAACGACGUAGAUUGGCGGCGACGUUGAUCCAGAAAGUAAGGAGGGACGUCGUCGCGUGCCGGAAAGCUCGGAAGAUCCUGAAUAGGAGACGGCGCUACGUUCGGGCGAGAACCAUACAACGCCGCGUCCGGGCGAACCAAGCCCGGAGGCGCGUCGCCCGCGCGAGACGGCGACGACGGCGGAACCUGGCUGCGCUCGCGAUCCAGUGCCUCCAACGCGGCGGGCGGAUCCGAGUGCGAGCGGAUCGCCUGCGACGGCGACGGCGACGUAGGAAGGCCGCCGUCGUGCUCCAAACGAGAGGUCGAGGGUAUUUGGUGAGACUGCGCAUCAAGGGCACGAAGGCGGAGCACUCGGCCGCCGAGCGCGUCCAGCACGUGAUCCGGCGCUUCCUGAAGGCGUGCAAGGCCUGGCACGAGGCGAACGCGCGAGCUACUAGAGUUUUGGAGAACUGCAUGAGGAUCGUGAUCGCUCGGAGGAGGAUGGCUAAAAGAGCGGAAGCGCGGCGCGUCGAGGCGCGACUCCGAGCUUUGUGCGGCAAGGGCAAGGACCCGCAAACGACGUCGGCGUCAUUCUUACAGUUGUGGUACCGGCGAUUAGUUACGAGAUGGCAGCGGGAGGGUAGUGCUUUUACCAUCCAAUGUCAAGCUCGGGCGUACAUCGCGCGAAGGGCGAUGAGCAACCUGCUGAAGAGGAGGAAGGCGGGCGCCGCGCUCAUAAACAGAUGGUUCCGCGGCGAGCUCGCGCGCCUCAACUGCGCGGCGCAGAUGUGGCAGCUCGAGCUCCAGAAGGCGGCGCGGAGAAUACAAAAGCCGUGGCGCGGCGCGCUAGCACGCAGACGCUGGCUCGCCCUCACCCAAGACAAAGAAGCUCUACAGGAGGCCGCGGAACGGAUCAAGGAGGACGAGGCCUGGUACGCCGACCCGGCGAACCAGCAGUACACACAAGAGGGCUCGCAGAGUUAUUAUGAUGAGUCGACCGGCGAAUGGGUGACGUAUGAUCAAGGUGACCAGACGAGCUGGGAGCAGUACCCUCCCCCCAUUGUGUUCGAGAACUACUGGGAGGCGCGGGACCACUACAUGAAGCAGCAGGAGGAGCUUGUGGGUAGUGCUGUUAGGGUGCUGCAGCGGUUCGGCGUGUUUUGGACGUGGCGGCUGAACCGCUACAAUGCGAUAUGUGUCAUCCAGAAACUCUAUAGGACGCAAAUCGAAAAUAUAAGGCUACGGGCGAUGCAGGAGGCCGUGCGGCUGGAGCAGCUGCGAGCGGCCGCCGCCGACAAGUUCGCGGCGCUGUGGAAGGGCCGGCAGUCGCGGAACUUCGUCGCGAAUAAGCUGCGGGAGAAGCGGCGGGCCCUCGCAUUUAGGAAAAAGCGGUUACUGGCUGCUCUACUCAUCCAGGCUCGAGCUCGGGGCAUGAUCUGUCGCGAAGGGAUUCGAAGACGUUUGAUGGAGGAGGCGUGGAAGCGGCAGCAGGGCAUGGCUCAGGUGCGCGAGGACGCGUCGCUGGUCAUCGAAUGCGCGCAACGGUGCCGCAUGGCGCGCUGGUGGAUGCGGAAGCGCCGUGCUGAAAGAAUAGCGGAGGAGGAAGAACGCGAAAAAGAUAGGUUGUUGGAAUUGGCCCUCGAUCGCCUGAAGAAGGAGCAGGAGAUCAACUUGUUGGCGAUGCGCGUGCAGUGCCUGUGGCGGCGGCGCAAGGCGUCUCGUUCCCUCGAGGACCAGAUGCGUCGCUUGGUGGAAGAAGAACGCGAGGCGGCGGCGCGCGCCAAGUUCCUCAACGCGGCCUGCAUCCAGGCCUUGGCGCGCGGUGUACGUAAGCGCGCCUGGUUCGCGCGGAAUCAUGCUUCUCUGGUCGACUCGAAGACGAUCCGCGGGGCCUUGCUCCGCAUGCGCGCGCGGCAGGCGGCGGAGGUCGAGAAGGUCACGGCGCGCAUGCGCCAUCUGGACAAGUUCGGGCCCUCCGAGUAUUUGUGGAGCGGUGUGAGGGAUGAGUUGGAAGGCGUCACGCGGGAGAACGAGGCCCCGAGUGAAGCGGGUCCCGCGAACGAGCCCUGGCAGGAGCAGCACUGGUCCGAGCGGUUGCCCCAGUCCCCGGAGAAGGGCGCGCCGGGCGAGUGGGAGGAGCAGUGGGACGACAGUGCCCAGGCGACGUACUGGUACAACCGGAAGACGGGCGAGGCGUCCUGGGUCGACCCGACGCAGCAGCAUUUGUUGGGGACGCCGGAGCGCUAGUAAGGUCAUUGAUGUGUUUUCAUUCGGGCGGUACGUGUCG